CUGGACACAUGCUCACGCACCCACCCGCACACAAAGCAGUGCAUGCUAUGGUGGUAGACGACGCGCAAGGACCGAUCUCAUCUCUCAGCAGCGCCCGACCCGCAGCAGUGAGCGGUACCUCUGGAUGAGAGGAGGAAGAGGAGGCCGAGAGGAAGAAGAUGUCUGUGAACGAGGUGUACGUGUUCCGACCCUUCAAGCUGAUCGCGCUGCUGUGCGUCUUCUUGGCUCUGUGCCUGGACCUGGUGGCUCUGCUCAGUCCCGCCUGGGUCACCGCCGAACACUUCUCCCUGUCGCUGUGGGAGUCCUGCUCCCAGUCCAACGCACGGCACCCGGGAGAGGAGCCCCAGUGGAGCUGCUUCUCCACACUCACAUCUGACUGGCAGAUUGCCACGCUGGUGCUCCUGGCGGCCGGCGGCGUGGCGACUCUGGUGGCGUUUCUGGUGGCCCUCAUAUCCCUCUGCCGGGGGACUCAGAGGCAGCACUACCGCACCGUGGCCGUGCUCCUCUUCACUGCGGUGGUUCUGCAGGCCUGCGCUCUCGUCCUCUACCCGAUCAAGUUCAUCGACGGAACUGUUCUCCAGACGUACCAUGAGUUCAACUGGGGCUACGGGCUCGGCUGGGGGGCCACCAUCUUCAUGCUGGGCGGAGGGAUCCUCUUCUGCCUGCGGACGGACAUAUACGAGGAUGCAAUGUACUAAGUCCCUCCUCAACCACCUCCCCCACCCACACCCUGCUUCCGGAAAUACACACACAUAAACACACACGGUGUGUGCUACUCCUCUCCACCCGGCGAGCACAGACCCCGUUUCUCUCUUUCUCUCGCCGUCUCACUCUCUCUGUUAUUUUUAGACAGGUUGUGAGGGCCUAAUUCCGGCCAGGGGCUGUUUGUAUAGGGCCUUCACACCCACCCCCAGCCGCCCACCCCCCUCCACACGCGGCCAGCGGGUCCCUCAGCCCUGCCGCUGUCAACAGUGAGGUGCAAAGGCACAGAGAGCUUUCUGGACAGGCCGCGAGCCUCCGAGGCUACUGGACGUUUCCACAGCACGUUGGCCCCGGAUCCCUCUAUUGUCAGAGGAACAGGACAGCAGAUUCUCCCUGACAUGUGAUUGUGCGCCGGCUGGACAUUUAAAGGGACUGACGCAUCUCCACAAUGCCUUUUUUACAAUUCUUUUUUGUAAGCAUUUUAAGAGGACAAGCUUGUUGUUCAUGUAUGGAUGGCCUCAUAUCCCACUUUAGACAUAUUGAAAACCCAAACUUGCCCUUCACGUGUUCCAUGGCCUCAAACGUAUCUAGCGAAGCGAAAGCCUUCUGAUAUAUGAAGUGUAGAUUAGUCACCUGGAGCGAUCAAGUGUUUGUCUGAAAGUAAGAAAUGUAAAUGUGUACAGAGUAUUUCUACAUGAAGAAGAAUAAACAGCUGUAGUUUUCGGGAUUGUUAGGAGUGUAACUUAUUGUUAAAAAAAAAUAAUCUUUGCCGCGAUCAUGUGGCCUUCUGACAUUUUCACCUUUGACAAUUUCACCUUUGACCGACUUCUUAGAGCAACGCCUAAUAAGAGGAAAAGCUGCCAGACUAUUUCACGCCUCAGAGGAAAUUGCACCAGACCGUGUGCUGUGUGAAAAUUAAUUAGCAACAUAAAAACGAAUGUAUAAGUCAUAUUUUGCAAUUAAAUUUAAAACCGUCUGAGAGUUGGCGUAUCCAUGUCAUGUAAUUACUGAGAUCAUUUUUACUGCACUGUCAUAUUUACUUGUCAAGGAUGAAUGUGCUUGAAGGAUUUGUGGUUGUGUUUAUUAAACGUUACGAUCGU